AUGGCUACCAGACGUGGGGGGCGUAAGAAUGUCAAGAAGGGUGUACAAUUUACUCUUAUGGUUGUAGGCGCUUCGGGCACUGGCCGCACAACAUUCGUGAACACCCUCUGCGAGUCCCAAGUCUUGUCACAUAAAAUAUCCGAUAACCCAGAGACCGCUCAUGUGGAAGAGGGCAUAAAGAUCAAGCCGGUUACCGUUGAACUUGACGAGGAUGGAGUUCGGAUUGCCCUCACCAUUGUAGACACUCCCGGAUUUGGUGACAACAUCGACAAUGAGUCCGCUUUCCAGGAAAUAGUUGGCCACCUCGAACGCCAAUACGACGACAUCUUGGCCGAGGAAUCCCGUAUCAAACGAAAUCCUCGCUUCCGUGACAACCGUGUCCAUGUGUUGUUGUACUUUAUCCCUCCCACAGGGCAUGCGCUCCGUGAAAUGGACAUUGAGCUGAUGCGGCGUCUCUCUCCCCGCGUUAAUGUAAUCCCUGUAAUCGGGAAAGCUGAUGCACUUAUCCCCAGCGAGUUGCGGGCUUUCAAAAAGCGGGCAUGUACUAUCAUGGAAGAUAUUGAGCACUAUCGUAUCCCGGUGUACAAUUUCCCUUAUGAUGUAGAGGAGGAUGACGAGGAUACCAUCGCGGAGAACAGCGAGUUACGCGCCUUGCUGCCGUUUGCCAUCGUUGGAUCUGAGGAUGAAAUUGACAUCGAGGGUCAACUCGUGCGGGCCCGCAUAUACCCCUGGGGUAUUGUUGAAGUUGACAACCCGAAACAUUCCGACUUCAGCCGCCUUCGUAGUGCACUGUUGAACACACACCUGACUGACCUGAAAUCAUUGACGCAUGAUGUUAUGUACGAGACGUACCGCACGGAGAAGUUAUCGAAGACUGUGCACACGGACCGAACGGAUCAAUCAAUUUUGCCCGAAGAACUCGCUACCCAAUCCGUGCGCCUCAAGGAGGAGCAGCUUCGCAAGGAGGAAGAGAAGCUCCGCGAAAUCGAACUUCGUGUCCAGAGAGAGAUCAGCGAGAGGCGUCAAGAGCUCCUUGCGAAGGAGGAAUCACUCAGAAAUCUCGAGAGUCGGCUUGCUGCUCAGAAUUCGCAAGGAGAAUACUAGAAAAGCGCUUGCUAGGGUUGUUGGGGAGCAAACCACCCCACAUUCCAUCCUUUUCUUCCUCCGCCUGUAUCUUCGGCUGGCUUCGUCCAGGUGUUCGCCUUGUCAUCUCGUUAUUUCUUUCGGCUAUUAUUUCUAACUGUUGACCAUUUAUGUCUGCUAUGUGCUUGAUUUCCAAUGGAACAGCUUAUCCUUAUUCCCU